GUUUGUUUACAUACAUUUGGGUUUUUAUUAAAUUAAUUCAACAAUCAAAAAAGUAAAUUAGAAAAUGAGUAUAAUCCCAGAAGAGUAUCUUCAAGGUAUUUUGAAACAUGUAGUUUCAAACCUCGGUGUAAAGGAUUAUAGUUACGAGACGAAAAAGUUAGAAAACAUCGCCCAAAACUACUUUGGUAUACUCAUACCAGUGGAGUUAAAAUGUAAGAGUAGUAGUGAAGAUGAAGUACAAAUCGUGUUAAAACUGGCGCCAAUGGAUGAAAGGUACCGAGUUAGCGGCGCAGUCACAGCCAUGUUCAGAAGGGAAAUAUUUAUUUACUCCGAGGUUCUGAGUGUUUAUAAGGAGAUGCAGGAAAAGAUGCAAAUGUCACAACAGUAUGAAAUACCCAGGCUGUAUCACAUCUGUUCGGAGUACUGUAAAGAAGUUAUUGUCAUGGAAAAUAUGUGUGUUAAAGGAUAUCAACCGUACUUGGAUAGAUUCCUAGAUUUACCUCAUAUUGUUGUUGCUAUAAAGCAAUUAGCGAGGUUCCAUGCAUUGUCUAUGGCAUUAGAAGAUAAACAUAAAAAAUUGUAUGAUAAAAUAAAAGAAAUAUGCGUACCAUUAAGCGAGAAAUCAAAUAAAAGAUACAUGGAUAUAAUGAUUGAUAGGCUUAAAAAAGCAAAAGUAAAGUUCGUAAAUACAUCAUACGUCCCACAGCUUGAUGUUCUUAUUGAAAAUUGUGCUACAUUUGUAGAAAACGCGUCAUAUGCUGUUAAAUACACAUGCCUAUGUCAUGGGGACAUUUGGAAAGAAAAUAUUAUGUUUAAAGAUCAGAAUGGAGCUCCAACUUUAGCUUGUUUGAUAGACUAUCAAACAACCAGAAUGUGUAGUCCGGCAUUUGAUCUGCUCUACCUCAUCGUCAGCAGUACCGACACUGAACUAAGAAGAACACAUUUUCAUGAUCUAAUUAAUAUAUAUUAUGACACUUUAACAGAUUCUCUGAACACCUUAAGUGUAAGUGUAAAAUAUGGUAGAACAUUAUUAGAUGAAGAUCUAAAAGUAGUCAGUCCGGCUUGUUUCAUCGUAGCCAACACCGCUAUAUGGCUGUCUUCUGGACUUCAAGAGGAAGGCCAUGUUAGAAGUAAAAUACAAUGGACUACAGAAGAUGAGAAGAGAACUGCUGUAAAUAGUUAUAAGAAUAUUAUAAGUAAUUUAAUGGAAGAUUUAACAAGUUAUGGAUAUUUUAAGUUGGAUCAAAGAUUAUAAUAUUUUAUAUGGACAUU